GAUGCGACCGGAGGUCGGCGCAGCCCCCUGGAGGACUCCGGCCCGGUGGCGCGCUGAAGAUGGGGAUCCAGGGCUUAGCGAAACUGCUCGGGGACGUGGCCCCGGGAGCCGUCAGGGAGCAGCAAAUGAAACAUUAUUUCGGACGCAAAAUCGCCAUCGAUGCUUCGAUGAGUAUCUACCAGUUUCUGAUUGCGGUCCGGCAGGAUGGGAACGUGCUGCAGAACGAAGCUGGUGAGACCACCAGCCAUCUGAUGGGAAUGUUUUAUCGGACAAUCCGGAUGGUUGAGAAUGGGAUUAAACCCGUCUACGUCUUCGAUGGGAAGCCACCCGACCUCAAAUCUGCAGAGCUCAAUAAACGCAGUGAGCGUCGAGCCGAGGCAGAGAAACAGCUUGCUGCUGCUCAGGAAUCUGGUGAGUGCAUGCGGGCACAUUUUUACGGUGAGAGGAGGAAGUUUCUCUCCAAAGGACACGAGGGCACCAUUUUGACGCCUAGAGGGUUUGUAGACCUGUGUAUUUUGUUAGGCAGUGAUUACUGCGAGAGUAUCCGGGGAAUUGGGCCGAAGAGAGCCAUCGAGCUGAUCCGACAGCACCGGACCAUCGAGGAGAUUCUCAAACAUAUUGACAGCAGCAAAUUCACGAUCCCGGAGGAUUGGUUGUAUAAGGAAGCGCGGCGGCUGUUCCUGGAGCCGGAGGUGGUGAACACGGACUCAGUGGAACUGAAGUGGGUCGAACCAGAUGAGGAGGAGCUGGUGAAGUUCAUGUGCAAUGAGAAACAGUUCAGUGAGGAGCGAAUCCGAAACGGGGCGAAGAAGCUGCUGAAGGGCCGCCAGGGCUGUACCCAGGGACGUCUCGAUGACUUCUUCAAAGUGACAGGCUCACUCACCUCUGCCAAACGCAAGGUAUGGGCCCAAGGAUCAGCGAAGAAGAAACCAAAAACAGGAGGCAAGUUUAAAAAGGGGAAGUGAGCCUGGACCUGAGGCUGGGUACACUGUGUGAGGAGCAGGAGCAGGGGAAGGGGACGCUCCCUUCACCCAGACCCACCUUCCUCACCCUCUGCCUCCUACUGGCCCCUGUCGCUUUUGAGCAAGUCGGUGUCACAGACACAGUUUGGGCCUGAACCGGACGAGUGAACUGCUUUUCAAAUUGUUCCAGUUUUUCUACCAAUUUUGUUCAAUUUUGCGUUAAAUAAAGAUGGA